UUCGUAUAACCGGGCAUGGCGUCUUGGUAGUUGUUGGUACGACGUUGACGCGGGCCCGGACGAAUAUUUUGACAGCCUGGAGAGAAGAGCAGUUGACAAAUGAUGAAGGAACCUGGAGAAGCAGAAAACGUAAGACACGGAGUCGGUGUAAUUCUCCUAAGCUACUGUUGGCCAUGGAUACGAGCACGAGUAAACAACGAUGUCACGAACUGAAUAUAAGAAGCAUAUCAGUUGACUACCAUCUCGACCAACAUCCCAGCUACACACUCCCGAACAAACCACUCUCAAGGAUCUCAUCUAUACCCAAACAAACACAUCAAUUGCCUACAAUGUCCUCCUCUGCCAAACUAAUCACAGUCUACGGCGCAACCGGCGCCCAAGGCUCUUCAGUCUUAACCUCGCUCCUCAAAAAUACUUCCCCAACCUAUACCCUCCGUGGCACCACCCGCAACCCUUCCUCCCAAGCCUCCCAGCGUCUCUCAGCCGCAGGAGCCGAAAUGGUGCGUGCCGAUGGACAGGAUAAAGCGUCCUUAGUCGCAGCAUUCAAGGGAAGCUGGGGCGUAUUUGUCAAUACGGAGUCAAAUGGCGAGGAAGAGUUGGAGAAAGAGAUUGGGAGGACGGUUGUCGAUGCGGCGGUGGAGGCUGGUGUGGAGGUCUUUGUGUAUAGCGGGUUGGGUGGGGAAGGGGUGACUGGGGUGAAGACUUUUGAUGACAAAGCCUCCAUCUUCGCCUACGCGCUCUCCAAGCGCCCUCAGCUCACAUCCGUGGUAUCAGUCAGUGCAGGCUUUUAUAUCGAGAACUUUUUGAACCGCGACUUCACGGCCAUCCUAGGGGGAUUCCCAUUCUCACCUGCCGCAAAGACAGACAGUGAGAGUGGUGUAGACGAUGGCGCCUUCCUACUUCGCGCGCCGCGAUGGGGUGGUAGGGAAGAUAUCCCAUUCAUCAAUAUCCAGGAGGACUACGGAGAUAUUGUGCACGGUGUGUUCUUGGAGCCUGAGGUUUGGAAUGGGAAGGUUGUCCAGGGAGUCAGUGAUGUGAGGUCUUGGACGGACGCCGUGAAAGCGUUUGAGGGGGUGACUGGACGAAAAGCCAUCUACCAAGACUAUCCCCUUGAAGAGUUCGAAACAUAUGGCGUCUACGCUCUAGAGAAUGCCAAAAGCAUGUUUCGCUUUUGGCAAGAGUCGGGCGGUCUGUACUUUGGUAAAGACCUGACAGAAAAUGAGACAGCUAAGGAUCUGAAGAGGAAGGCAUGGCGUGCUCAAGGGAGGGUGGAGGACGGAAAGUUGUCCACGUUGGAGGAUUUCUUCCAGGACCACUUUGGUCAGGCAUGA